ACCCCUUCCUCCUCUUCCGCAGCCGCAGAGGCCCGCGGUAGAACCCUCCGGCGGUAAACCACCGCCGCAAGCAUCCCACCGCGCCGGGCGGACGCGGCGUCUCAACCCGACCCAACCGCAGCGGCAGCAGCCAGCCAGGCACCACCGCUCUAUAAAUCCAUCCCCACACCUACCGGCUCCAAGGCCCUCAGCCUCGCUGCUUCGCUUUCCCCAAAUCCGCCGCGGACUCCAGAGGUCGGAGGAGAGACGAGACGACCCAAGCAAGACUUCGCCGCGCCUUUGCUUCCUGCGCAAUCCUUGCGGCGUGCCGCCCCUUUCUUCCUUUUCUUUCCAUGGACAGCGACUACGUUGCCAGCCUGCUCAUGGGCCACUCUGCCGCCCCGGGGCUCGACUUCGCCGCGCUGGACGGCUACUUCCUCGACGCGCUCUGCGGCGCCGGCGCCGGCCUGUUCGGGGCGCCCGGGGUCGCGGCGGGGGCCGGAGGCGGCGGGUCCCCGGAGGGGUCCUCGGUGUCGGACCCGGCGUGGGCGCGCGCCCGGGACGGCGGCAAUGCCAGGAAGCGGAAGGCGCCUCCAGCCGGUGGCGCCAGCGGGAAAGAAGCCUGCUUGGGCAAGGCUGGCGAGCCCAAGGGUCCGGACGGGAAGAAGUGCAGAGUGGGCACCGGAGGGAGCCCCGUGAAGCCGAAGGUAGAGGAGGCGACGGCGAGUGACGGCUCUGUUGAAGACAAAGGGCAGAAGAAGGGCAAGGGAAAGAGCGCCAAGCCGCCGGUCGAGCCGCCCAAGGACUACGUCCAUGUCCGGGCGCGGCGAGGGCAGGCGACUGACAGCCACAGCCUUGCCGAGAGGGUCCGAAGAGAGAAGAUUAGCCAGAGGAUGAAAUUUCUUCAGGACCUCGUGCCAGGAUGCAACAAGGUGGUUGGCAAGGCACUCAUGCUUGACGAGAUCAUAAACUAUGUGCAAUCACUUCAGCAGCAAGUCGAGUUCCUGUCCAUGAAGCUUGCGACCGUGAAUCCACAACUUGACUUCAGCAACCUUUCUACACUCCUACACAAAGACAUGUACCAAGCAUGUGGGCCUCCAGUGAAUUCGGUCUUUCCAUUGGAAAGUGCCGGUGCAGCUUUACCAUUUUGCAACCAAGCAGAUCUUUUCCAGUCCUUUGGUUCGGGUGCUAUGGAGGAUCAGUGCUCCCUAAGUCUGUUAGACAUGGCUCUACCCCACACAACCAACCCACAGUUUGCUUUUCAAAAGCAGCAAAGGGACUUCCGGGAGGAUGGCCUACAGAACUCUUUGCCUAUCGUGAGUGAGCAAAGCCAGGAGAAUGGGGUUUCAGCACCGAGUUUUGAUGGUCAGUUACAAGCUGAUCAGACAAAGAUCGAGUUCUAGUCCCUUUUGAUCUUCAAGGUUGAUAUUUUUGUACAUAGGGAGUAUGAAGACCUGUGGCAAGUGAAGCUCUCCUAAGCUGACCGUCAUUAGAGUUUAGGCCUGCGAACUGAUUCAUUCCAUGAUAUGCUGGAUGUACGGCAACUCAGAUUCUUCUCAUAGGGAUCAUAUGAUCUCGCAUGAUUAAAGUAGAUCGUGUAAUAGAUAUGGUGCAAAUAUUACAUGCACCAUCUUCUAAAAUUUCUACUAAUAUGUAAGAACGCUGGCUGGUGUUGGAAUGGUACCGUGUACUGUUGCAUUUUAUCUUAAGACGAAAAAUCAACGAAUGAGAUGUCUCUCCUCAGCUUUUUACAACA